AUGCCUGUGGAUCUGACACACGCCAAAGCGUUAUAUUUCGACAUCUAUGCCACCUUGAUUGACUGGGAGGCGGGCAUAUAUCCACAGCUCCUCAGUCUCAGCCAACGAGCAGCCUUCCCCGAAAAUCGUCUUGAAGAUACGCCCGAAUCUCGGACCAAAUUGCUCCGCGCCUUCGCUGCUCAUGACAAAGUCGUUGGCCACGAAAAUCCGACCGUCCCGUAUUCGCAAAUCAUCCAGAAGAUCUAUGCUCGAAUCGCACAGGAUCUAGGUGCCGAGGUCAGCCAAGAAGACCAACGUGCUUUUGGAAACAGUAUCGGAGAUUGGCCAGCCUUCCCGGACACGGUCCAAGCGAUGCAAAUUCUGGGCAAGUAUUACAAGCUCUUCGUCCUUAGCAACGUGGACAAUGCAUCCUUCGACAGGACACGUACAGGGCCGUUGAAUGGAGUCCAUUGGGACGGUAUCUAUACUGCAGAGAUGAUCGGCUCGUAUAAACCUAAUCCGAACAACUAUAACUACGUGGUUCAGCGGUUGAAAGAAGAUUUCUCGAUCCCGAAGGACGAAAUACUCCUUGUGGCUCAGAGUCUGGACAUUGAUCACGUCUCAAACAAGGCACUGGGUUUCCGACCCGGGAUUUGGAUAGCUAGAAAUGGGUCUUCGAUGGGAGGCAUCAAGAGGGAGCUAGAGCAGCAGGGUCUGCUUGAACUCGGAGAGACAUAUAGCACCCUUGGAGAGAUGGCCCAAGCGGUAGAGAAGUCUUUUGAGUCAAAAGGUACUUAG